CUACGUCGCCGAUUUGGAAAGCACGAUCUCGGUACCGCAAUCACAACAACUAUCCCCCAAAUGUCGCGCCCACCCACGUCCAGCUGACUUAGGAGGGUCCAAGCAGGAGCCUACUCCUCAUUUGCCCCUGUUCAGAGAUUUCCUUAUGUGAAAACGAAGAACCAACAUAAACGAAUCUAAUGGAGCAUAAUGCUGAUCGCACACCAUUAAUAGACAUCUCAAACACAAGCGUUACAGGUGAUCAAAUAGGAUCAAACUCGCUUGGACCAAUAGACGAUGCUAAUGAACGUAAGAGGCAAAGGGAUAGAGAAAGAUAUGCCACGAUGUCCAUUGAACAAAAGAAUGAGAAAAAUAGGAAGCGCCGUGAAGCACGUCAACGAAACAAAGGACUACCCCUAAAGUCUGAGUCAUCUAGAGGUCCUAUUAAAAACACUCCAUUGGCUGGUAAUUCUAUCGAACGAAAGAGGCAAAGGGAUAGAGAAAGGCGUGCAACAAUGUCGGUUGAACAAAGGAAUGAGUACAAUAACAAGCGUCGUCAAAUGCGUCAACGAAAUAAGGGACAAAAUGUGAUGCCCGAUGUUUCAGGAGAUGGCGACAAAAAAGAAAAUGUGGAUCCAGAUGAUGAUAGCGACUGGCUGCAUCGGAACGAGACAUUCCAGUCAAACGACUAUGUCGCAACGACAGACCUUCUGCCACCAGGCAGUGUGCAUGAAUCUGUUGGUGUCAUUGGGGAACCGAGUAUCGGCGUUAGGGAGUAUAGGCUUGAACGCCUUAGGUUGUAUAAUCAGACACCAAAGCGAAAAGAGGCAAAGAUAGAGUACAUGAGAAAACGUAGAGUGCUACAGGCUGACACUCUGAAUGUUGCGUCCAUCGCCAUGGAGGACCCAACAUAUACCCCUGAGGUUGUGCACCCUGCAACGGAACCUUCAACAGUUACCACCUGCGACUGGGUUAUCCCUGAAUUCAUUAGGACACCUUUCCUACCAGCUCAAACACAGACCGAGGAUGUCGGUUCAUUCGAUAUGUCUACUGAAGCAAUAAGACAUAAACAUCAUGUGCCGCGUGGGGAAAGACAAGCUAUCUUAGCCCGUCGAAACAAACAAUUUCAAGCAUCCAUUGCAAGGAACGUGACUACUUUGAAUGGGGAUACUAUCGGUGACGCCAACAACAAUGCACAAUGUAGCGUUCCAUGCCAAGCCGCUACCUUGCCAACAAAUGGAAGUGAAGGCAUAACCGAACAAGGAAAUGAGGUGGAGCAUACACAAGAGAAGCCAACGGUCAUUUCCAAUGAUGAUGAUGAUGAUGAUGAGGCUGUCAUAUUCGAAGAAGAUGAUGACAACGACGAGGGAUACAUAUUCGCUGGCCAAUGUACUUAUGUCAAUUUUUAUUAUGAUUAUGAUACCAAGGCUUAUAUAAAUACACAUGUCUUAGUCGUUGUUUUCCAAAAAAUAUCAGACGAGGAGACUGACGAGGACAUCGAAAUCGAUGGUACUCAGGAUGAAUCUACUGGCACUGAUGUGCCUGACCCGUACGACAAGGUAUACAGUAACCUCCCUGAAGAAACACAUAUGCUGAAGCCUGUUCCUGACUGCGGUUAUUGCACUGCGAAGAAGUUUGAGUACGAGCCACCUGGGUUUUGCUGUCGUGGUGGGAAGGUUGAGCUAGCACCACUCGAUACCCCUCCCCAGCUCAGGAGGUUGUGGGAUAGUGCAGACUCUGAUGCUAAGCACUUUCGUGAUAACAUUAGGUUUUUUAAUGGCCAUUUCUCUUUCACUUCCCUAUACUGUUGCCUCGAUAGUAUGACAACUAAUGUGCGAGAUUCUGGUAUAUACACGUUCCGGGCACAAGGCAUGAUGUACCACAAUAUCAAGUCAUUCGGUAAGGAAGGUGGGUCGGAGCAUAAACAUCUAGAGCUUUACUUUUACGAUGACGAUCCCAGUCUCGAGCAUCGGUACCGUAAGUGUCGUGAAGAACAGCUUCAGAAAGACAAAGAUGUUAUUAAACAGAUAGUUGGCAUACUCCAUGGAAACCCGUACUCCGAGCACCUUAGGAGCAUGGGCCAUGUUGAGAACCUUGAUGACUAUCAUAUCGCAUUGAACCUUGACCAGACUUUGAACCAGAAGACAUAUAACACGCCUCUCACUUCGGAGGUGGCCGCUGUAUGGAUCGAGGGGAGCGAACGGCGAGGCCAGUUCAGCAAGAGUGUUAUGUUACAUGGGAAGGAUAGGUCAAGCCACGGCAUCCGCUCAUACCAUGGAUGCUACGAUGCACUAUCGUAUCCACUGUUCUUCCCUAAAGGUGAACUUGGAUGGCAUGCAAAUAUCCCAAAGGUUGGUGUAUCCAUGGAUGAAGUGGAUGCAUACCGUGCGACACAUAGGGCAAAUAAUUCAAACGAUGAAGAUGCAGGUUAGUUGUUUCUUUGUACUUUGCGAUUUUUGCACAUUAUUAACUAUUCUUUCAACAUCACUCACUUUUCAAUCCUUGCGUAUGCAGAAUCUCCUACC